UGUCAAUGUCAAAAAUAUGUCAGGUCAGAAAAGGAAAUAAAGCGGAAUGAGCUACUUUUUAUUCCCCGCUAUAAAAAUGUGAGGGCGUUUAAAAUAGUAGGUUGAUCCUAAUGUCAUUUUAAUGUCAAAAGUGACAGCAGUGUCCUUGAAUCCUUGGAUUCUCGUGGUGUGUGGUGGUGCUGCUGGUUUGCUGCAGAGGUUCCGCUAUGUUAAUGUAGUAAUGGUGAAAUUGCUUCAUUUUUUAAAAACAAAUGCUUAUUUUAUAAACAAACACACCUCCCUUGCUUCUACCCUUUCUUUAGUUCAUUCCAAAAGUUUUAACACCUCCAGAAACAUGUUUAGAUCAGCCGUUUUUAAUCUUCAUGAAGGAAGUAAAGAUCAAGUGCAGGAAUUUUUAAAUUCCUUUGACACAGUUUUAACGGACUGUGACGGUGUUCUGUGGAUCGAUAAUAAUGCAAUACCGGGGUCAGCUGAUGCAAUGAAUUAUUUUCGAAAAAUUGGAAAAAAAAUAUUUUAUGUAACUAAUAACUCUACAAAGAUCCGCAGUGAUUUUGCAGUAAAAGCCCAGCAGUUGGGAUUUAUAGCUAGUCAGGAUGAAAUACUCUCCACAGCAUACCUAGCAGCGCACUACCUCAAAGGUAUAGGCUUUACUAAGAAAGUGUAUUUAAUUGGCUCUAAUGGUAUAGGAGAAGAGUUGAAGGCAGUUGGAAUAAGGCAUACAGGAAUUGGAACCGAUCAUGUAAAACCUGAUUUCAAAUCAAUGAAGCCAUCAGACUUGGACCCUGAAGUGGGAGCCGUGGUGGUUGGGUUUGACGAGCAUGUAAGCUAUCCGAAGUUCAUGAAAGCGGCCUCUUACCUCGCGUCCGAGGAUUGCCUGUUCAUUGCAACUAAUACUGAUGAGAGGUUUCCAAAAGGCGGUUCUAUCGUAGUCCCGGGUACGGGGACCAUUGUACGCGCGGUGGAGACAUGCUCGGAGCGGAAGGCGCUUGUGCUCGGCAAGCCCCACGCCUACGUCAGGAAGUUCCUUGAGUCCUGCGGGCUGGAUCCUGCGCGGACGCUCAUGAUUGGUGACAGAUGCAACACAGAUAUCGAGUUGGGAGUUCGCUGCGGCUUCCAGACCCUCCUAGUGCUAUCUGGGGUCACAUCUCUUAAAGACCUGGAGAAGAUCCGCAAUGAAAAGAAACCGCCGCUACCCGACGUGGUUGUACCUAAGCUGGGCGACUUAAUGUCUCUGCUGCCGUCAUAACAUGAUCAACAAUCUUAAAACUCUUAUAAAUAAAGGAACAAUUAAAAAUUUGGGCGUGACACGAACUGGCGACUCUGGGAUACCAGCCCGCCGCCUUAACCUGCAGUCCGCGGCAAAGAUUUCCAACAUAUCGUUCAUUGUCGUAUGGCAAAUCGUAGAUGUGUGAUACGCUUUAAAGGGUCGCCAGUUUUUUUUUUCUUGAUCCUUUAUUUCAAAAAUACCGAUAUUGUUAAUAGACUAGAGAGAGGCUCUGUAGCGCAAUAUUAGUCCAUCAGAUGAUAAUAAUUCUUAAGGGAUGAUAGAAUUUAGUAAUUUUCCAUAGAUAUAUAUUUACUAGACGGAAGCUGUUUACACCGUACGUGCGUAAAGUCAGGAGCGCUUUAUUGGCACGUGUCUCUACUCAAAUGACGAGUGGUGAUAGGGUAGAUAAUCGGUUAACCUACUUUCCUGAGAUAAAAAAAUUACAACAAAGGUAACACAACUUCCAUAUAUCCUUUUAAUCUCAACGGAAAUAUUUUCAGCUGAAGGACUUGACUAGUGUAUUAUAAAUUGGCCUUAUAGUAGUUGCGCCUGUCACUAUACUGUGAACAAAGACUUCCUCGCCUUCGAGUAACAACUUGUUAUAACAUAAAGUUAAUCUACGGCGAUAAAAUCUACUAUUAGAUGAUUACAUGAGGCCAGUGUUAACGAUCUUAGACAAAUAUUAGUGCAAACUAUAGGUUAAUUUUCGUUACGUUGUGAUAACUCUGUAAGCGUUAAUAACAUACUAGGUAUUUUUAAUAUUAUUUUUGGUGUAUUUAGUUAUUUGUUUGUAAAAAUCUUAGCUAAUAUUGGGUAACUUAGGCGUAUUGAGAAAUGUAACUCGUGGCGCGAAAUAAUAAAACCUACCUAGUUAGCGGACCACCAUGCUUACGUCACUUAAUUUGUUUUUAUAAAUAUGUAUUCAGUUACUUAUUUUUUGCAUUUCUUCAAAUAUUGCCAACAUUCGCCGAGAUUGUAGUAGACCAUUAAGUCCCCUUUUAUGAGGUGUAAUUAUUUAUAAAUAUGACGUUGCUGACCUCAUGCGAAGAUUUUUAUAAAAAUGUUCCUUGUUUUGCUUGCCAUAGACAAUAAUUAUUAUACGUCGGCUCAUGCUCGUCUUACUUAAUUAUUAGAAUCGGGAUUAACCUAUAAUUUGUUAAGGUUUGAGUGGUUUCAAUUUCGUUUGUUACUGUAAUACCAAACGAAUAAAGUUAUCGGUUCGCCUUUUAUUUUCGUAAACGCGCGCUACGUCUUUAUUUGUAACUGAAUGGUAUUUAAACGGCUUUGGUUCAUAAUCAAUUAAUCAUGAAUCAAACUUCUAGUAGUUGCGUUAAUAAAAUAAUAUUUACAAACGAUUUAUAACGGCACUAAUAUGCACUGAUUCGAUCAAGGAAUCACUUGUUUAAUGAUCAUAUCGACGAGUUGAAACAACUCUUCCUGAGUAAGUACUUCGAAUGACGAAAUAAUGCAAUUUUGUCCCAUAGGGACUUUAACGAAACUUAGGUAACUGCUGCGGUUGUAUUUUAUAUAGUAAUUAUCGCUACAUAAUAGUGAUUAUGUAUUAGUUUAUAUGGUGAUGAGCUAUGUGUUCAAAAUAUUUAUAUAGAAAUAGGGUUCCCACUUCCCGCCCCUUUUUCACAAAACCGAUUUACAGUAUUACUGAUCCAAGUCCCAAAAUAUAGGCUGCUAAUGUACGAUUCCCACCGACCGGCUGGAGUCGGGCCGCGCCGGAGCCCAUUUUUGCGAUGGAAUCCGUCCGGAGCCGUCCGCGUCCGCGAGGAGCCGACCGGCUUGCGGCCUCACAAAUAUAUGAAACACGCUCCAACUCCGCCCGUUCGGUGGGAAUCGUCCUUAAAUAAUAGAGGUGCAAACGUCAAAGAAGUCAUUGAAAACCUAUUUUCACUACAUGGCACUAGUAUUAACAGCAAUAAAGAGUAUACCCUGACCAUCGGUAUUCCUUACAUCUUUACAAUAAAUAAUAAUAUGGAGCGUUCCGGGAAAUUGUCUACCGUUGUCCUGUAUUAAACGUGAAGAUUUGCAGGUAGUUUCCUUUUCUGUGACUAAUGGCCAAAAAUAUGCACAGAAAAAUAAUCGCCUGCUUUAAACGCCGAAAAAAAAGUCGCAACACAGGGAAUGAAAUGCGUCCGUACGGGACAGCCCGAGGAAUGCUUCACGUCAUCCAUAUCAUGAUGAUAAGUUUGACAAGAUCAUCACAAAAUAGGCCGUUGCUAUGGAGUGUGGAAUUAAGAGGAGUGGCAUCUCUUAUGGUAGAACUGUUGCAAAAGUGUCCAGCUGUCAGCUAUAAAUAAUAGUUCCAAAUCUCUCCAGAGUAGCGCUAGAGUAGCUAAGAACCUAGGCGUCAUUGACGGAGUGAAUUGCGCUGUCUAUGAUUUGAUUUUUUUGUUCAAGUACUCUAGGUAUUAUAGCGCCACCUAUUUAAAGUUUUUUGAUGACACUUUUUGGUACAUGGAAAUUUCGUUCCUUAUCUCCACCUUCCGUAGCCGUUGCGUUAGCGUCAUCUAGUAAAGCUGCUACUUUCACGGCAUAUUUAGCUGACUUUGCACGUCUGUAUAAGUUCAGUUGUCUCUAAUAAGUAUCAAUGACCUAUAGAGUUAUUUCCAGUGAUAGUAUUUAGAUCUUGUUGCUAAUAUUAUAUAAUAUAUAUAUAAUAUUUUCUAACUGUAUGACAGUUGUUCAUUAUCUUGGGAUUCUAUUUUAUUAUAAUUAUCAUUAAUACCUGUAAGGUAUAUAUUUUACUAUGAAUUGAUUGAAAUAUGUACUUAGUAGUCCGUUUGCUACAUAUUGUUUAGAUUUGAUAUUAAGACGAAUAGCGAGUGGUAUAUUAUUAAACGUGUGAGCCAUUAUGGAACCUUCUUCUUGUGGAACUUAAUAUAUAUGUAUGCAACAUUGUAGUGAUUUGGUAUUUCUCAGAAGCUUAUUAAGGACAAAGAUUCAUUGAUUCUAACAUGUGUAAAGUCUAAUAGAAAAAACGUGCCCGGAGUUUGACAGCUGAAAAAGAUGGAUAUGUUUUGUGAUAACUGUACCCCUAGUGUAAAUAAAUUCGAUUUCGAAACGUGACGUACGCGUUUGCGUUAAGUGUCAUUUUGUAUGAGAUUUUUGACUUUCCAAAACGUCCCGCUUGGCGCGCUGUUCAAAAACCCAUACAAAAUGAGACUUAACGCAAACGCGUACGUCAAGUUUCGCUAUCGACUAUAAUUACACUAGGGGUACCUACUGAAUUGUCAAACGUUAACUUUUGACAACCAGGGUUAACGCAUAACCGUAAAGCGCCAUCUACAUUAGCUGCCAAAUUUUAAGAUACAUUUUGUCUUAAAACGUACUCAUAUUAAGAAUAAAGUUAAAUACUUAAUCGCUCCACCUGACUGCCUAGCAUGAGUUGCGUUCUCGCGCGAGGUGAUAAGUGGAGUUGUGCGCGAGAACGCUUUUUGCUUUGUUAUUUUCUGUUGUUAACACAGUUAACGGGUCUUUCCUAGACCGUAUUAAAAAGGAAUAAGUUCUAACAAUGGUCAGAAAAGUUGUCUGGUGGACAAAUAACAACAACUCAAAUGUUAGUUCAGACGACGGUUUCAUGGUGGUAAGUCCGUGUAUUCGUCGAUAAACUGUUGAAAUUAGCAAUAAAAGUGGCUGUUAUAGGUAUAUGGAUGGACACGCACAGCAUUGUUACGUAUUAUGUACUGUGUUACUAAUUGUAAUAGUGAAAUUGCUUUUAAUAAAUUGGCAGUGUUUGUA